CACAACAGCCAUGGAGGACAUUGGUGUCGAAAAUAUGAAGGGUUUGGCGGAUGCUUUUGCCACAUCUCAAAGCGUUGAGGAUUUCCUCCUGGACCCCAACAUUUUCAUUCCAUUGCAGGCAACGACAGUUGAGGAAUCCAUGAAACUUGUCUGGAGUAUAUUUGAUUACGACGGAGUGGUGGUUGAACUAAAAAACUUGAAAGGCCUGCAUAUACCCUUUUCCAGGUUGAACAUGGCACCCUUCAAAAUGCACCAGCUGAAAAACUCCUGGCACACCAUAAAGAAACACUUUGACCUUAGUAAGGUGUCUGUGGAGGGCUUAAAAGUGCUGCGAAAGGUAAGAGGCUUUGAUUUUGCCUACCUGGACAGGGGAUUCAAGUUAGAAGCUAUAGUAAUUCCCAAGUCCCUUGUGGUGGUGGACAGAGUCUGUACAAUGACGGACUACUUACCAAGGCACACGGUGGACCUUGUUAAUGGCAUCUUAACAAAAUUUGUUGAGUUGCUCAAAGACCUUCCGCUGGAAGAGCUGACCAGACCCACGCUGCAGAAGACCAUCAUUCACAACAAGGGGAGCAUGAACGUAUUGCCGCAGGAUCAAACGUUCGUGCUUUCCAAACUUGAUGAAGCGAAGAGGAUGUUGCCGGAGCAUCCAACAUUGGAAGUCCGGUUCUUUGUCUACAAAUUUGGACAAAAGGAAAGGGAGCCCUUUGAAUUGUUGACAGUAGCUAAUCCUGACGACGUCGUGCGAUGUUCUCUGCACGUGGCCUGCAACCUCAUACCACUGGACCCCCACACCACACUUUUCUGGUCAAGAGCAGGACUGGAAAGGAUGUUUGGACCCAGAGCUAGGUUCUUCACGUGCAUGUCCAUGCACGAGUGUGUUAACGUGCAGACAGAACUCGACCAGCGUCCACCGGACAUCUUGCGACCUUUGGCAGAGAUCGCCACUAAACCUAAUGUCACCUUCUGGCAAUUUUAUGUGGACAGCCCACACACUCAUUAUAUGUCCACAUUCCGGCACCCCAUUAGUGGCUUGAUCGUCACUGGUGGCCUCGGCCACCCGAAUUACGUUCAGGCGGUGGCCACCAGAGCUGAGGACUACUACAUCCACAUGAUGGACUUGGCCAGGAAGGCAGCAGGUAAUUAUAACCUGAGAAUAGAGAUCGUGGAGGGGAAAGAAGGGAAGGAACUGGAAGAUUUGGACCUGGUUUCUCCGUGGGAAUUCUUCAACUGCGAGGCAUUGUAUAAGUGCCUGAGGGACUUCCCCCUCGUUGUCCCCUUUAAACGGGAACACGAACAGCCAAGUGUGAAUGAGAUACUGUCUCGCUGUCUAAAGUAUAUGGCUGACCAGCUCCGGCAACUCGGGGAGAAGCACACAGGCAAAGGCGGCUUUCUCCCAGUGUGGAAGGCAUUCCAGCUGGAGCUUGCGCUGGAGGAGGCAUUAUACGGGCACCCCUUGUCCAACAUGGACAGACAGUACUCGGCAGCACUGGGGACCAGCUCGCUGCACGAGUUCAGCGCAACCAACAUGAGGGGCUUCAUGGGCCUGGGUGCAGCAACUGGUGCAGCUAUUGACGACUGCCCACCUCCUCUGGCACACUGGACAAGGGACACACUACAGAUGAAAAGAAUCGAGAGGCUAUUUGCUCUCACAUUGACUCUCGAGUGCGAGCCUUCCGUGCUGGGACCUGAGCUUGUGAAGCUGCUGCUGAAAGACCUCUUCAGGAGGAACGACGGCAUCUUCAUCUCAGAGCUGCAAGGGGAAAAAUGCCCAGAAAAUCUGAAGGGACACAUUAAUCUGGCUUCACUGACGGAGAACCUGGCCACCAGAGACUCCUUCCCGACCCCAUUCACCUUUGCCCGGGCGAGGAAGCUUGUUGAGGGGGAAGGCAAAAAUGUACAAGAAUGCCUGAGAGCAGGAUUUCUCGAGUUGAAGAUCAGGUGGUUCCCGGACAUUAAGUACCGUGACAUAAAGGGAACAAGACGGGCUUCUUGGAACUUGAUGGAUUAUGUAGAGAUACAUAAUGACGACAGGGAGCCUUCCAUCGAGUCCCAGGCCAUGGCCAUAGUGGGGGAUGUGGCCAUGGAGAUGGAGCGCCGUGGACUGUGCUACGCCAGGACCCUUGAAAGGUACAGAGAGCAUGGAAUGCCAUGGCUGCCCCAAGUGAUGAAGAGGAUUCCAGGGAAGACUGAAAAGCACACGCGGAACAAGGUCUUGGUGCUGGUCAGCUCAGUGGGACUUAUCAUGAAUAAGGAUUUUGUGUCCUAUGAGAAACUGAAGGACCUACUCCUGGAGCUGAAGAUGACACAGGCAGAGCUCCAAAAGUACAGGAUCCUUUCCACGUCAGUUUGUGAAAAAGUUUUCGGCUUCACUCUCUAUAAGCUCCACUACGAUAUCCUUUAUCGAAUGGGGAACCCAAAACCCCAUACGGAGAAAAAGUUGCCUCCGGAUCUUCCCCUGGAGAUGGAGGAAGAGGAUGCACCUGUACUUGAAGAGGAUGAGGAACCUGACCUAUUGCAGACGAGAGCUGUGUACAUGCCCGCUCACACCAGCAGACACUGGACACAGCAGGAAGAGGGAUUUAUCAACCUUGAUCCAACAAUCUCCACUGGCGUGGCAUACAAGGAGUAUGUCGGACAAUGCAAAGCAGCAAGACUACCUGCAAGGUCGUACAAGGGCUUUGGGAGAAAGCGAAGAGACCUUCUCAGGAAUGAAUAGGCAUAAUACCUGUCUCCAGCUCUCCCUCAAAGGCACCCAUCUGCUGCUGCUGCCCCUUUGAGAUGGAUGCAUCCUGGGAGAAACGGAACCUGCUUGACUUCCAGGUGUGAGAACUUGCAAGUGUCCAGAAUCAGGAGAGAUUGGG